AUUUUUCUUCAGGUAAGAGCUGAAGUUGUCAAAGCAUUAGGUCAUAUGACACAUCUUCUAGAGAGAGAUAAAUUGGAAGAACAGUUGCCUAAAGUUGUGCCUGGAAUUCUUUCUCUAUAUAAAAGGCAACAGGAGUCAUAUUAUACAACACAGGGUUUAUGUAUGAUUUUAGAUGCAGCUAUUCAGAAUGAAAGUACAUCUUUAGAACUUCAGUUAGAAACUAUUUUAAAUUCUCUCUUUCCACAAGCUUGUAUUCUACCAGAUUAUUCUCAGCCAAUUGGAGUAAAAAAUCAUAACGAAGUUCUGAGAUGUUUUACAGUUUUAACUUCAGCCUACAGCAGUAGGUUAAUUAGUUUUCUUAUGCAAAAACUUGAGAAUUAUAAUGAGAAAGUAAGAAUUGGAACUCUUGCUGUUUUAAAACAUCUCAUUAAUUCUUGUGAUUCACAGUUAUAUGAUAAAAUGACAACUAUAAUCACUGGAUUAAAAUUAAUCAUAUCAGAUCCAAGUAAUAAGGUAAAAAAAGUGAUGGCUCAAGUAAUUAUGGCAAUGGCUCAUCGUGGAUAUUUAGAAAUGGAAGGUGGAAAAUAUAUGGUAUUGUUUAUUGUUAGACAGUGUGCUCUUCCAGAAGAACCUGCAGGUCGUAGACCAGCAGAUCUAGAUUAUGUCAGCAAUGAAGCACUUCGUGCAAUGUGUGAAAAUGUUAUCCAUCUUUUAACAACAACUGUAGAAAAGAUGGAAAAUGUAUUAUGGCCAGAUAUGUUAGAAUGUUUAUUACAAGAAGAAUUUACUGCAGCUGUUGCACCUGUCUGUAAAAGCUUAAGUUAUCUUGUUGGCAAGAAAAGAGAAUUAGGAUCAAAUUUUGAUAUUGAUUAUUCAAAUAAAGUAAAUAUCCCAAAACCAUAUGUGUUACUUGCAAGAAUGAUAGUGUUGCUAGGCUUGCCUUUUUCUGGAAGGAAUCGUGGUCUUCCCCUUUUGAAAUUAAUGAAAGCCAUUGUACCUCUUAUUGAUAAAAGUUUAAUUGCUCUAUGGGAUAGUCAGAUUCCAAUAAUGAUUAAACAGUUAGAAGAAAUUGCUGACUCGUGGAAUCAACAGAUGUGGGAAGAUCAAUUAGUCGAAUUUUUAUUGAAAUCUGUUGAAGAAGUGGAUCGUGAAGAUUGGACAACAAAACUUGGAAAAUCUCUUUUGUCACAAUUCUCUUUAUAUCCUAAUCAACCAGAUGAUAAGAUUAUUCUAAUAAAGAUGAUUGGAGCUGUAAUGAGGAAGAUUAGUAAUCGCCAGUUCAUUAAUAAUGCCCUGGAUGGAAUUUUUGAAGCUGUUCAACAUUCUAAUCCAAAAGAAAGAACUGGAUGUGCAGUAGCUGUUGGUUAUUGUGCAGCAACUCACUUGGACGUUGUUCUUGUAAAAUUAGAACAAGUUGCAAAAGGUGAACUUCGAAAAAGUUCUGGUCUUCUGGGCUUUAUUAAGGAUAUUAAAGGCGAUAGUGAACAAGAAAAAGUUAAAGCAACAGUUAUUUUAUGUUAUGGAUAUGUUGCAUUAAAUGCCUCCUCUAAUAUUCUCACCACUCGAAUCGAAACUCCAAUAUUAAGAAGCGUAGCUCAGUUUUAUCAGUCAUCAAAGCAGGAUGUAUGUGUUAAACAAAGUAUGCUUCAGACAAUCAAGUUGAUUGCUGAGGCCAUUCAUCCAAAUCAUUUAAAAGAACAUUUCACAUUCCGUUCAAGAGAUGAAGUUUUAGCAUUAAUGAAAAAUAUUUUGAAAAAUGAAGUUGCUUUACCUCUCACUUCAACCAUUCGAGCCCAAGCUCUUGGUGCAGCUGCAAGUCUUGUCUCUCUUGAUCCUCCUCUUACAGAACAAGAUAAGUCUAGUUUAGUACAGACUGCAUUGAAUGCUGUUUAUCCUCUACCUCGUGAAAAUAGAUUGUAUAAAAAUCAUGAAGAAAACAUAGAAGAUAUUGUGGAAUAUGAUCAUAUGUUUAACAAUGCAUUUGAAAAUUUAAAUCAAUUGCUGAAGCAAUUGUUGUUGAAAGAAAAGACACCCGAAAAUCUGCAGAUUAUUAUGACGUUAUUAAAUCCAUGGAUGAUUUCAAAACAUGAUUUUGAAAGAGAAAGAUGUAUGCAGUCUAUUUUUUUAAUUCUUAAAUCAUAUCAUGAAGAAAAGGAAGAUCUAAUGUAUAGACCUUUUUCUACACUUGGAGUUUGUUUGGGUCUUCUUAUACCUCGUUGCACUGAUCCUCAAGUAAUCAUUCGUCUUUUAGCAUUAGACUGUAUAAGUGCCUUAUUACAAAUUUCCAAUGGAAGAUAUGAUACAACUGAUGAUAAUAAUGACCUUUCUUUAGACUUUCUGAAAGAUCAAGUUGUAAAUGAUGCACCAGCUUCUCUUUUUUCUCUCACUAAUGAAUUAGCUAAGGUAGUUUCGUGUAGAUUACCAUCAGAUCAAGUGUGCUCUUUCAUUUAUACUAUUCUGGAAGGUCUGUGUGAUCCUCAUUCAAAUAGUUCAUCUGGAGCAUCAGUUGUUCUGAAUGGUGUAAUGAAGUUAAGAGGAAGAGAAAUUAGACCUGAAAUCCCACACAUUUUAGAAUGUUUACAAGUCAAAUUAGGAAACAUCACGUGUCCUCAAACUCGUACUGGAGCACUGAGAAGUAUUCGUAUACUUGCAUCACAUCAUCUGUCUGCUAUAAUUGGAGCAUUUUUAAAUUCGCCUUUCCCAUUUGAUGAUCGAGUUAUUGAUAGUUGGAAGAUUCUUGCUCAGGAUAAAGAAUUAGGAAAGAAUAUAUUAGAUUAUUUAUUAGAAAUACUAUCAGACAGUACUUUAUACGAAUUGCAACCAAAUCCUCAGAACCAUAAGAUGAUGAUUCAAGUUGCAAUGCAGCAACCUCUUGUGGCAGUUUGUGCUUUAAAAGAAAUAUUUAGAGUGCCUGAAAUGGAGCAUUGUGUGAAAGAACAUUUUGAUAAAAUUUUCUCAUUGCUCCUCCUCGCAAUUGGUAGUUAUAUCAGUACUUAUCCUCCAGUAAUAACUAAUGAAGAUGGUAGGAAAGACAGUACUUUUAGCUUUGGAAAAUUUUUCUCUGAUAAUAAAGGUGUAAAGUUGAAUCCUAUUAGAUAUAUCACUGAUACUUUUAAGGCAUUUUUAAUGUGUGCUAAACAAGAGAACAUUGUAUCUCAUCUAACAGAAGGAGGCUAUUGGGUAGUGAUGCAAGAUGAAAAUAAAUAUCCUGAAGCUAUUGCUGUUUUAGCAGAUGCACUAUGUACUUACUCUCCAAGUCACAUUCCUAAAAUUGUUGCUAAUUUGAAUAGUGCAUUAAAUAGCAUCUGUGAAACACAACGUAUUGUAACAGUAGCAUUGUUUGCUGAAUUACUUUCCAAAGAAUAUCAUGAGAAAAACACAUUGACAGAACCUUUAAUGAACAAUCUGCUCGGCAGAUUAGUGGACACUUCUCACAUAGUCAGACGUUUAUGCAUUAGAGGUUUAGGAUGUGUAAGCAGGUUAGAGAAGGAUCAGCCAUCAUGUGAGGAUGAAUGGAUAGGGAUACAGAGAUAUUCUACUACAGUAUUAUCAGCUAUGAUGGCUGGAAUGGAUGAUAAAGAUGAUCCAGAUAGUGAUAUUACUUUAGAAGCGAUGAGUGGCUUAUCAUCUGUACUAGCACAAGUAGCUGAACAGGAUGUCAGGGGAAUAUUAGUAAAUAUUGCCCUUCGUAUUCGACCAAUGUUUGAUAAGGAGAAACCGCUUAUAAGAGCAGCAGCAUUUUCUCUCUUUGGAAAUUUAUCACGUUUCGGAGAUGGUCCAUCCAAAGAACCAUUUGUAGAACAGAUUCACAACAAUUUUGUCACACUAUUGUUACAUUUAAAUGAUGAAGAUCAAAAUGUCAUAAAGUCAUGCAAACAAUCCUUACGUCUCUUAGGGCCUAUGCUGGGCUCAGAUGGAGUCAACAAUAUGUUUCAAAAAUACCUAAGAGAUGAAGGUCAUCUUCAUUAUGGAGAAUUUAUUAAUGAUCUUACAAAAGCUGUAAUUGCAGACUUUCCAGAGAAAAUUAGUUUCUAUAUUACAGCUUGUUUAUCAUAUCUAAAAAGCUCUUCACCUAUAAUCCAAGGAAAUGCAGCUACUUUAUUAGGUUUCUUCCUUGGAAAUUUACCUGUUAAUCAACAUGGUACAAUAUCAAAAGAACGAAUUUGUGGAGCACUGAUAUUUUUGCUAAAGGAUUCGUCAUCCGAAGUUCGUAUCAAAGCAGCCGAAGCACUCAGUUUGUUAUCUUCCUACUAAAUAUUUGUUUAAUUGGGGAAAUUGUUAAAGCAAAGACAAAAAAAAAUUAUAUUAAAGAAUUCAGCGAGAUUAUUUUUGUUUAGAAAAGAAUGUAGUUUUUAGAAAAUUAUUCAAAGCUAAAUUUUAAAUAUUUAAGGAUCAUUCCACUCCACUUGCAUUAAUGUUGUAUCCAUAUAUGUAUAUAUAGUUUAUUAUAAAAAAAUCUAAGUAAUGAAAUUAAGUUGAUGAUCAAAUUUAUUGGGUCCAUUGAAAAUGUGCCAACUAAUUGUAUAUAUCAGAGUACGGUGAAUUUACAAUGGCAUCUCAUAAUUUAUGAUAUCCAAAUUUUGGUUGUGCAAUAGGAAACUAUUUUCAGUUACAAAUAAUGAAUUGUGUAUAGAAUUAAUGAUGUUAAAAUUGUUAUUAUAUUUAAAUAAAAUUGUAUUUAAUUAUAUUUAAAUGAUUAUGAAUAUUUUAUAAAUUUUUACCUCAACAACUGAAAGACUAAAAGUAAGUUUUAGGUUUCUAAUAAUCAAAAUUGCUAUAAAAUCCAUCAAAACAAUUGAUGCUGAAAUAUUUACACAUUAAAAUUAUUGUGGUAUCUUUAAAUAUGUCAGCAAAUAUUUGGAAUUUUAUGGAUUUUAUUAAUUAUAUUCCUUAUUGCAAAGCACAACUGGUGAAUAGUAAAUUCAAGUUAUUCUCUUAGAGGCAGUUAAAUGAAGAGUUAAUUUCAGGUGAAAAUUAAUGGGAUUGCAUACUUCCUCAGUAUUUAGAAAUUUAAAAUGAUUUCUUAGAAAAUAAGGCAAUUUAUAUUAUAGAAGAUUUAUCAUUUUGUGAGGUAAGAUAUUUGUGAAAAAAUUUAUGUAUAUUUUUUUUUCUUCUUUGAGUUAUAAUUUAAAAGUCCCAAAGGUACCAGCAGUGUACAGCUUUUUUUUAUUCUAAACUUUUAUUUUGGAUUUGAAUUUCUAUAGAAAUAAUGAUUUAAAAUUUUGAUUAAAUUGAAAAUACGACUAUUACUUAUUUCCAUGAAUUCAUAACAGUUUGACCAAGAAAACUUGUAAUAAUAUUUAUAAAAUAUCUUAGUGAUUAUUUUAAUCAGACUAUGUCAGAGUGUAUCAAGGAAUUUCUGUUCUUCUAGAGACUGUUGACUUGGAUUCUUAUUGUUUGUUGCCACUAUUUUCUUGGUUUAAGCAUUCUCAUUAUCAUUUGAAAUAUAUUUAAAAC